AAAAUAUAGAAAAUGGGGAUUUUGGUGAGCUCAGUCCCACCAGAAGACAUCCAUCAUCCCAUCAGUUGAGUCGCGUUGAGUUGAGUCGAGCUCGCCAUCGGCAACAGCGGGGGAUAAGUUUCUGAAGCAACCACACAGAGAGAUGCAAGCGCCUCCUUCAGGCGGCGGUGAACCAGCCCGUUCCGGGCUGGCCCGGUUCCAUUCAGCUCCCGCGCCGUGGCUAGAAGCACUCCUCGAGGACGAAGAAGAGGACCCACUCAAGCAGAACCACUUCUUCACUCAGCUUCUGGCCGGCGCCGUCAACCCGCCUCCUCCCACCAUCCCUUCCCGAACCUCCUCCGAUCUCUCUGCUGCUUCUCCUUCCUACGGCGCGGGUGCUGCUUCCGGCCAUUUCCUCCGGCAGAACAGCUCUCCCGCCGAUUUUCUCGGUAGCUCCAGCAUGGACGAGUCUGACGUUUACUUCUCCAAUUACGGGGUUCCCGGGGAUAUCGAUUUUGUGUCGCCUGACAUGGGCGUCUCCCCGAGCGGGAAGCGUGGCCGGGGGCUCCAGUCCGCGCAGCAGCUUUCUGGAGAUUACAAUCCUCACAAUCUGACAACGGAGCAACAGGACGGUGGUCAGACACGAGGCGGAGGAGGAGGAGGAGGAGUAGAUGCAGCAUGUAUGGAGAAGCUGCUUGAAGAUUCGGUUUCUUUCAGAGUGCGGGCGAAGCGUGGAUGUGCUACUCAUCCUCGAAGCAUUGCUGAGAGGGUGAGGAGAACUCGAAUAAGUGACCGGAUAAGGAAGCUCCAAGAACUCGUGCCCAACAUGGAUAAGCAAACAAAUACUGCGGAUAUGUUGGACGAGGCAGUGGAAUAUGUCAAGUUUCUUCAGAAGCAGAUUCAGUAUGAAAAAUUGCAGGAGCUAUCUGAGCUUCAGAAGAACUGUAGAUGCACUAAGAGAGAGUAAAUUAGACGGAGGCACCACAGCAGCGGGUACUGCUACCUGCGGCGGCAGCUCAGCUGCACCUCGCCACCACCUCCUCCUGCACGAGCCUGCCGUCAGUCUCCUAGGAUUGACCAACAUUUCAUCAUAUAUUGGGCCACUCCUCCCUAGAUAUAAACUGGUGUCCUACAAGUCCGAGUAAUCCGUUUCCCUAGAUAUAGUUUUAGUGGCUACAGUUCCUCUUAGGAAUGAGAAGACUCAUUAUAAGGAGGCUGCCAUUCCUAAUUCUGAGAAUAUAUAUAUAUAUAUAUAUAUAUAUAUAUGUCAUUUAAUUUAACCAUAUCCUUUCCGUGGAGGAACCAUCAUCUGUGCAAUUCCACCAUUCUUGAUAAUACCUUUGGUUCGUAGGA